AAAAUGCUGCUAACAUCUGGACCAGUCACAAACAGCACCUCCACCGGGACAAACCGCUCGGUAUGCACUUAUGACAUAGUGGUUUAUGCUUCUAUCCUAAUGUCGCCAGUUAUCGAUCAGUAGUAUAGAGAGCCUGUAGUUGCUCAAAGACACUGUCAGUAGGUCUCCAUCUACUGUUUGCAUCAACUUUAAAAACGUAUCGAUGUCAUGUAAUUUAUGUGUUUCAUUUAUUUCAGGUUCUUCUUCCAUCCGUUCCUCAUAGACCUGCCACACACUCACGAGUUUGGAGAAAAAACAAGACUUGCAAACACUACACAAGGGAUGUUGUGUGCUUGCCUUUCUCUUCUUCUUCUUCUGUAUCUUCUUCAACAUUACGUAUUCCGAGGGGUGACUCCAGAGCAAAGUUAGCGCAAGAUGGACUUAUUGGGAAAAUCUCAUUUACCUCUGACUGGUCUGAAGCUCAACUUAGAGAUGAAAUUACUGCCAUUUUCAGAAGAACAUUUGCAUUACCCAUUGGCCAACCAUUGCCCUUUGAGUAUUUGAGCACAGUCAAGGGAUGCAAAAAACUAAUGAAACCAAAUGUCUCAAGCAACUUUCUUUGGGGUGGAAAGGAAGUUGGCUCAAUCACCUCAACUUCUUGUCUAUAUAUACUGGCAUUAAUGCACAAACCUAUACAGGUAAGGAUUUCAUAUUACAAUACACAGUAUGUAUUGUAAUAUGUAGUAGCGUAGUAGGAAUGCAGUACUGUAUAUUUGAAGCAAAAAAAGUCUGCUCCUCAGCUCAUUUUUGCUUGUUAAUAUAGAUUAAUGCAUUGUUUUUCAACAACUGUGCAAUGGCACAUUAUCUGGUGUGCAAAGGGGAAAAAUCCAGUAUCACAUCAAUGGUCUUUGCUGUCUGGUGAGUUAUAUUCUUCCAUAUAAGCUGGUGGCCGGAGCAUGUAGCGGUGUACCUGUGCUUUAUAUUGGUAACAUAGGGUACAGAGUCUCAUUAUUAAUAUUUCUGGUUUCUGAUGUGCCUCAUGAUUCCCUUAUUUUACUUUUUAUUCAUUUAUUUAUUUAUUUUUAAAUGAACCUUUGCCCAAAAAAGGGUUAAGAAUACUGGAUUAAUGUAGUUCUUUAUUUUUUACAUCAGUUUUAUGUAUAACUAAAUAGCCUCCUCUUCCAUUUCAUUUACUUGAUAUAUUAUAUAUUGCACAUACCUUUUUUCCUAGGAGGAACCUGAGGAACUAUCAGAGGAUGACUUUGAAAGUCCAGUGUGCCUGAGAAGGAGAGGUUGGUUUUACAGAACUGUGUGUUUGCCAGUAUUCCAUUUCCACUCUUCCAUUUAUCUUGUGGUUUUCAUUUAUCAUGUCUUUUCUUGUCUUUUAGUCCAUAGGCAGUGGGUUUAGUGCUUGGCCAUCAUAAUGCUGCUUGUAGCUCUCCCAGCUUUAAAAAUUGUUGUCUGUGCAGUAGUGAUUUUCCCAGUGAGUUUAUCAUUUACAGUAGCCUAUGUUUACACAUUUUAUAUGAUCUACUUUAUACUAUGCAUACUGUAGGGAGAAUGGUAAAUGGUCACUAUAGCAGCCUUCUCAGCGCUAGUGCACAGAGCACUUCACCGUAGAUCACAUUCACCAAUUUGACACACUGAUGGUGGAAAGGCUACACAAAGCAGUAACCACAACCCAUCAAGAUCAAGUGGGUCAAGGUGUCUUGCUCAGGGACACAUCGACACGGCUCUGGGCCGGGGGAUCGCACCAGCAAGGCUGAGCUAAUGGCCGCCCAACAAUCAUUGAAAGGACAAUUUUCAGAAAUGUUGAACUACUACUUUAAGGUUGAUUAAUACAUCCUGAGUAAUCUUAUUAAAAAUGUAAAAAGGUAGACCGGCUGAAUUAAGUGUUUACACUACCUGCUGCACACUUCAGUGUGCAUUUGUAUGUUUAAGAGAGUAAAUAUCUAUAAACUAAUGUGUGUGUAUUAUACACACACACACACACACAUCAGCUUCUGAAUACUAUGUUUUCUUUAACUACUGGCUAUAUUUUUCCUUCUCUUUUCAAUCACCUUUAAUUUAGUUCAUACAAUGGAAUCUGACAUGGAUAAAGAUGAGCUGCAUCAGGAAACAGAAGAUGUCAGACAAGGAAGUGUGAACAACAGACUGCGAGAGAAUCCACUGCAUCAAAGUAAGAAGUUUGGCAUAACAUUUGUUCAAAUCAUAUGUUCAAGAGCUGUAUGGUAACACUAUUAUUGAAAAAUAAUUAGAAUGGUUAUAAGAAACAUUCGCAAUGCAUAAAUUAUUCAAUGACAUAAUCUAAGAGCUUGCUGAUGCCUCACUUACUACUGUGCGUGUCACAGGCUUUGUUAGCAAACUAAAAUUGUACCCGUGCCUCUCUUAUCGUGUUCUGCAUUGUCAUGAUAAUUAAUAAUGAAUGAUAAUGAUGACAGGAUGUAUUUUGAAAAACAAGACAGAGUAAUUGCCAAGUGACCCAUGAUCACUCAUUUAGUCUGCAAACCAUAACUACACUUCUGAUUACCCGACAGACCUUUGUAGGCUAGUGAGAAAAGCACAGGGAUCUUCAGAUUUUCAAAGUAAUAUUUUGUGACCAAAGCUUAACAUACAAUGCCAACCUCACAGAAAAGAGGCACAGUUCAGUUAUUUGAAAUGAAACAAAUUAAAGUGCAUCGCUCCAACAUCGCUCCUCUCAUUCAGUUUUGCCUUCUUUGUCUGCUUUUCCUCAUGCGGUGGGUGGUACAGUGCCUUCACCCUUGAUGGAAGGUGAGGCUGGGCAUCUGGAGACAGAGAGCAGUACUCUGGACGGUGACAAUGAGAGAGAGGCAGAAGAGCCAAGACAAUUGUUUCCAUACAACGUGGCCGAAUUUAUGUAAGAUAUAGUUAGAGGUUCAUUGAAAAGGUUCCAGUAUAGAUGUUCUUGUGUUUACUUGUGAACGUAUAGAAGAGUCUGUCUGUCAGUCCGUCCGUGACAUCCGUUAGGUACAGAAUUUAAAUUGAAUCAAGCAAGAUAGAGAAUUGACAGGUCUUAAAAGGUUUAGCAGUUUGACGACAAUUCUUUGAGGUUGACAAUAUACUGCAUAUGUUCUGUCUGCUGAAUGUUCUGCUGUGCCUUUCUCUCCUUGUUUGCUCAGCCCUUUUUAUCUUGAGGAGGAAGAAGCUCUUGAGGAGGCAAUUCAGCGUAGUCUAAUAGAAGACUCUGCUGGACCAAGUACUGUUCAUACUUUAAGGUAAAAGUCACAAGUGAUAUUUAAUUAAUCAUAAAAUUCAUCACUACAUCAGUGUGAACAUGUCAAACAAAAUAAAACAAUUUGCUCCCAAGUUAAUUGUCCAAUUUAUGCACAGAUGUCCAAGGGUGUGUUUAUCUUUUUCAUUGUCAUUUUUAUAUAGAUCCUCUGAAAAGCUGAGCAAGGAAGAAAUUGCAGGCCUUCUACGAGCUCAUAGUGAGAAGGUCAUUACAUCGGGAACGAGGAAAAUCUUCAUCAGUCGAGCCAAUGUGUGGACCACAACCUUGCGGCAGUUUAAGAGGCCCAGGUUUGCAGAAAGCUGUGACAUGCUGUAUGUCACAUUUGCAAGUGAUGAACAUGGUUGUGAGGAAGAUGCCGCUGAUCUUGGGGGACCUAGACGGGAAUUCUUCCGCCUACUGGUUAAGGCUAUCUUCCAGGACAGUGGAGCUUUUGAAGGUAAAGAUAUUAGUUACAAGUAUUAUAUAUAUUAGUAUAAUGAAGGGUCAGAGGCAAGUCAUUCUGUGGGUAAAUUUGUUUGUGUUUCAAAGAUAUACUCUAUUAUUAUUACCUCCACCAAGGAGGUUAUUAGGAGAGUUUGUCUGUCUGUCUGUCUGUCUGUCUGUCUUUUUGCGAACAACAUAACCCAAAAAGUUAUGGACCAACUUUUAUGAAAUGUUCAGGAUAUGUCCAGACUGAGAAAAGGAAGAAGUGAUUAAGUUUUGGAGUUGAUCUGGAUCACCAUCUGGAUUAAGGAAUUUUUGAAGGAUUCUUUAUCAUUGCGAGAUAGGGCCAUUUUCAGCAUAUGUGUAUGUAACCUAUGUCAUAUACUUGGUGGAGGUCUGCGCUUUCAGAGGGCUUUUCUAGUUUUAAAUAUGUUUCCCUUCCCUCCCUGGUCAAAGGGCAUAAUUUAUUUUGUGGUUACCUGGCCACAAAUAUUGAGUAAAUAUGAGAAAAUGUCAAAAACACAUGAACAUUAAAAAGCCCAACUGGGAUGGGUGCUGGAACAAAAAAUUGUAAAUUGCAGAGCAAAGGUAAGUCUACACAACACACCAGUGUGUGGACAAAUAUUGAGGACACAGUACAGAUUGAUCUGUUUAUUUAUUCUCUCAGGCACACCAAAUGGAUACACACCACGGUUGAACAUCCUCCACCUGCAAAAUGGAUUGUAUCGGACCAUUGGAAGGAUGAUCUCAACAAUAAUUGUACAAGGGGGUGAACCACCUGCAUUCUUGGCCCCACAUGUUGUCGAUUACAUUUUGUAUGGGGACAUACUGCAGCUACAUUUGACACCUGCUGAUAUAGGUGACCCAGAGUUAAGGGAGAACCUCAAAAAGGUGAUAAGCAAUGAUAAUAAUAGUUAAAAUAAUGAUAAUACUACUAAUAAUAAUAAAAAUAAAUUCUAUGUAUAGAGCGCUUUACGCUUUUCAUAUUAUCAGUUGAAGACUUUUGCACUGCAGGUCACGAUACAAAUAUUCAAGAUGACAGAUUGUAAAUUUAUGUGAGAAAUAAAACUACACUGUCAUCUGAUUUGUUUUAUUAUGGUAAAUUAUCCCAACUUCUGUUUAGAGUGUUGAGCACGCAGAUUUUUCUUCUCAUGUCCUUCUCAUCUCUCUCUCUCUCUCGCUCUCUCUCUCUCUCUCUUUCUCUCUCUCACACACACACACACACACACACACACACACACACACACACACACACACACACACACAGGAGGGAGGGAGGGAGGGCUGGCUGUUUAAAUACAGGUAUAGGUUCAAUGGUUCAAUUCUGUGUCAAAAUAACUGAAGGCCUGCAGCUAAUCCUGCCUGGUUCUUAUUAAAGCCUAGGGUCAAAGCUAAUGUUACAUAUUAAUCGCAUGGGCUAUUUACUGGGCAAAUACGGUAUACUUUUUAUUGUUGUAAAAUUUUAUGAAAUGUAAUAAUUUGAGAAAAUUGCAUUUUAAAGAUUUGAUGUGUUCUUAGGUUCAACAUGCAACCACACCAGAUGAAUUGGAGGAAGCAGUCAGCUGCUGUGAUUCUUGGCGAUUUCAAGUUGAGGGUCUUCCCCACAUCGUCACAAUGGACAACAGAGACAUUUUUGUCAAAAAUGCAGCCCUUUACCAUGGAGUUCUUCAACGGCAAAGCUCUCUCGACCAACUGCUUGAUGGCUUGUCCUACUAUGGUGUAAGAUUUACCUUAGUUCUCAUGUUCGAUUAACACCUAGCUGUAAUAAAAGUUUAAAAAAUUAAGGGAUUAGUAUAUAUAUCUAUAAAAAGGCCCAUAGAUAUAUAUUAGCAUGGGUCGUUUUAUGACAUGAAAUGUUGUAAUAUUUUUCACGACAUGAAAUUUUAUUAAAACUGGUUUAGAUUUGAAUACCUACAUUACUUAACCACAAUCACUUUUUUUGUGACUACCCCUUCAGGUUUUAUCUCUCCUGAGAGAGAACCCCGGUGUGCGUGUUCUCCUUGACAUGCCAGAACAGGACAGUGAUCUGGCAGCGGAUCUUGUUGCUGCUCUUCUUAAACCAAGCUACUCAGUACUGGGAAGUAACCGAAGAGCAAAAGAGGAGUUGAUAGUGGUAAAGUUUCGAGACUUUCUCCAAUGUGUUGAAGGUAAGUUGAAAGAUACUCUUUACUCAGGAUAUUUAACAAUAACGAAAUCUAGGACAGGGGUUCUGAACCUUUUGAAAGCUAGGCCCCCCCAACGCUGGAUCAAUGCAGUUAGGCCCCCCCUCCUCCGGGCGCCACCCACUCAAGAUAGAUUGAUAGACAGAUUAUCUAUCUGUCUGUCUGUCUGUCUGUCUGUCUCAAUAUCCAUACAUCUAUUCUCAUCUCAGGCUGCUCUGUGCUUGGCUUCUGCUUCCUUCCUCCUCUCCACUCAUCCUCUGAAGUGUAUGUAUUCACUGAAGACAAAAAUUUUGAUGAAAUCCCUAAAUUUCUAUAUUUUUAAAUAUAAAUCCCACUGGCAUAGACCAGGUUGCACCGCGGCCACACAGCGCAGCUGGAGUAGAGGAGGGGAGGAGGAGAGCAAGAGUAGGAAAGGAGAGACAGAGGUAA